AUGGUGGGCUUUGUGCUUUUUCGUCUCGUAAUUGCAGAUCAAGAUGAUUACGACGUCAAUGUUUACUUGUUUACAGAUGACAAAGUUUGGUCCUUGUACAAGCGUUUGGAGUCUAAAAAUACCUUUAACAACAUGUAUUCGGAUUCCGAAGUGGCUGGUGGCGAGGGUUAUGAUGGCUUAAAUAAGCUGAGGGUGGAGUUAGGACUUGUAAGAACAUUUCUUCUGUGUGGACGGCAUUCUUCUUCAAGCCUUGAAGACUCUGUUGAUAAAAAUGGGCAGCGUUUUUACUCUCUUCUACUUGAGGAUGGAUUGCCCCCUGCUGGAGAGGUCUCUUGUUUUCGAAAAGUUGUGCACACAUUUAGGGACCAAAUCAGAGAUGACUACAUCCGGAUCUUGGAAGCCAUGCUGCACAAUUUGCAAGGUUACAAGGACUCGGCCGGGUGCAUGCUUCGAUGCUAUUCCGCUAUGCUGGAUCGCAUAGUGGAUCGGGAUUGUUCUUGGGGUUCUGAAUUCCUGGAUUUCUUCUCCUCCUUGCUAACGAAUCUUGAUGAUAUUCUCUUCAGGGCGAAGCCUAUUGCUGCAAGGGAUGAUUGUGGUUUGAAUGAGCUGAAGAUAGAGCUAAGACUAGCUAAAACACUUAUUUUGUGUCAAGGAUUUCGGUGUGAUGAGACUAGCCAUUUUGCAUGGAUUGUUGCUGAAAAGGCGAAGCAGUUUCACUCUCUUCUUCGUCGAUUAGAUGAUGGAUUAGCCCGAGCAGCAUCUGAUUUUCAACAAUUUCUUAGGCAAGAAAUCAGUGAAUCGUAUGACAAGAUUUCAGAUAAAUUUAUGUCUUAUGUAGAACUGGAUUUGUGUCCUUCUUUGGCCCCUUUUUUUUGGGAAGAUAAUUUCAUAGAAUUCUCCCAAUCUUUGCUAGAGAAUCUUGUGGAUAUUGCCGUCUGGGGUGAAGCCUGUGAUUCAAGACUUGAAACAUUGCUAACACCCCUUCAAAAGAAGCUAGUAUUCUUUAAGAAUCUCAUUCUCUUUGCCAGGUUGCACGGCAAAAACCAGCUGGAACUUAUGAAGUACUGUAAGACUCUAGUACCAUUUGCAGCAGGUCUUUGUUAUAAAUGCUGGUUCUUUAGAGAAGAUAAUACGGUCCUUGAUGAAAUGAGCUCACAGAUAGCUAAAUUAAUCGAGAAGUUCGAGUCUGUUGUUUACCAAGUCCGCAGCAUCUUGGUUUGCGGAUCAUCAUCGCUCACUGUGUCUACGAAGAUGCAUAUGAUUAUAGCAGGGGAAUUUGUAGAUUCUCUCCUAAGUAAUCUUUUGGAGCUACUACAACAUUGUCCUACCAGGUUUUUGGAAUCUCUGCAGCAUCAAAUGCGGAUACUCUAUGAUGGACUGCAAUUUUUGAGAAACAUUCUCAAGAAGCAACAAGAGAAGUAUGAUGGGUUACCUGGAAGAAUCAAGUGUAUUAUUGGAGUUGUGGUCAAUGAUGCUGGGGUUGUAAUUUUCUCACUUCCUCAAUAUAACAUCCCAGAAGCUUUGGCCAAGGAAAUAGAUAUUAAGCUCUUUUGUUUGCUGGGGAAGAUAAACACUAUCAAGGCAGCCGUUGAUGAAAGCUAUCCUGUAGUGCCAAGGUUCAACUUCCGUACCACUAAUGUGUUGGGGAUUAUCGAUCACCUUCUAGAUAAAUUGAAGGAACUAGCAAAUUAUAAAGUUGAUCCAGUAUCUUCUUUUGCAAAGGACAGAUCUGACUUCUUAAGAUCAUACUUGGAAAAGAAUGUGGAGCAUCCAACAGGGUGUCCUGAGCUUCAACCUCGAAACAUGCAAGAUCUUUCAUUCCUAAGGUCAUUCUUGGAAAAUAAUUUGGUGCAGCACAAACAGAAUGAAAAGCUCCAACUUCAAGCAAUGCAAGAUGAUCUAGUAUUCUUAAGAUCAUUCUUGGAAAGAAGCAGGGAGCAUCCCAACUACCAUGAAGGGCUCGAAGCUCUUUGGAGUCAUGUUGUGAAAGUGGCAUACAAGGCAGAGUUUGUUAUCGACUCGUUAAUAGUUAGAGAUGUAUCAUUUUAUUCUCUGUUGUUACUUGAUAAUGUCAGAGAAGAAAUUGUUAACCUUGCCCAGAAAGCUACCGAGAUGUCCAAAGCAAGCAAUAAGCGGACUAUUGAAGCACUCUACCAGGUGCCAUCAGAGGGUGGUAUCUCAACAAACAACAAAGCUGUGGUAGAAUUGAAGGAUGAGGCGCAAGCAAAAAUUGAUCAACUUAUAGGAGGAUCAACGCAUCUGGACAUGGUUUCCAUUGUGGGUAUGCCUGAUCCAAUUGCAAAAGGAAUUAAGCGUGUUAAGAGUGAAGCCCAAGAAGCUGCCAAGAGUUUGAGGCAUCUGACACCACAAGAGAUAAGCAAGACGAGUGGAGCAUCCUACCAGGUGUCAUCAUCGGGUAGUAUCUCAACAGUCGAUAAAGCUGAGGUGGUCUUGCAGGAUGUGGAGCAAGCAGUGAUUGAUAAACUUAUAAAGGCAUGGAGUUAUAUCUCCCAAACAUAUUGCAAGAAAGAUUUGUUGCUUCAGAUUUUGGCUUGCAUUGAUCAGAAAACUCAAUUUUCUGAGAAGGAUGAAUAUCAAUUGGCUCUUGAACUCUGGCAAUGCUUGUUGAGACAGAGGUUUCUUAUAGUUUUGGAUGAUGUUUGGGACAUCGAAGCGUGGAAUGCUUUAAAAUCUUCAUUCCCAGAGAAAAACAAUGGAAGCCGAAUACUCUUAACAAGUCGACUUACUGAUAUUGUUGGCAAACCUUGUAAUCUUAGGACACUUAGUGAAUCAGAAAGCUGUGAAUUACUACAGAAGAAGCUGGCAGUUAUUAGAGAAGGAGGCUAUUCUCAAGAACAAAACCUUCUUGGGUGGAAAAUAGCAAAAACUUGUAAUGGGAUGCCUCUAUCAAUUGCCAUUAUAUCUGGUAUCCUUGCAACUCUCGUGAAGCUGGUUGGGAAGAAGUUGCAAAAAUGGAUACUAAAGCUGAGUUACAGGCAUCUGCCUGACCAUUUGAAGCGAUGCAUUCUUUACUUUGGAGCCUUUCGAGAAGAUCAAGAAAUUUGUGUUCGGAGGUUGACAUGGUUAUGGAUCGCUGAGGGAUUUGUGCAGAAAAGUGAGUCGGAGUGCCUAGAGAAAAUAGCAGAAGGCUAUAUAAGGGCUCUAAUCAACAGAAGCUUAGUUAUGGUAGGGCAACGAAGAUACGCAGACUUGGAAAAUAUUAGUCUAGGUUCUGAUUUCCCGAGGGAAUUAUGGUCGCUUGUUCAACUGAGGUACUUGGCAGUUCUAGGUUGGCUCAAGAAUGGCAUUCCAUCCUCACUUGAAAUGCUCUCAAAUUUGGAAACUUUUCUCGUGAGAACAAAGGAUGAUGUUGGUCUUUCUUUGUUGCAAGAUACUCUUCUAAAGAUGCAGAAAUUGAGGCAUUUGCAUGUGUAUGGUGCUUUGAUUGAUAUUAGAUUGGCCAAUGAUAACCUUGAAAGCUCCUCCCUCUUGAACAAUUUAGACACUUUUUCAACUAUGAAGUUGUAUCUGGGGCAAAGCAUGGAAAGAUGA